UCCGGAAGUGACGCAACACCUCGCGGCCGCCGCCAGGUGGAAACGGCAGGUGCGUUCAGGUGCCAGCCUGGCCCGGGCCCGGCUCUGGGACUGACUCUUCCAGUCAGCGACAGCGGCAGCGGCAGCUCCCAAGGGCCUGGUGACCCGUGGGCCAGGCUCUGUCAUCUGAGCCCAUCACCCUGGCCUUAAAUUCCUCUCCCCUGUUCCUAGUAAGGAUCACCUACCCAGCUCCCGCACUCCGAGACUCCCCCCUUCUCGAGUCCGGGGGAGAGGAGGAGAGACCUGCUGUGCAGUUCCCCAUUCCCCCACCGAGCUGGGCAGUUAGCCAGCCCACCCCAACUCUCGGAACUAUGUUUGCAGACUUGGAUUAUGACAUCGAGGAGGAUAAACUUGGAAUCCCCACUAUGCCUGGGAAGGUGACCCUGCAGAAGGAUGCUCAGAACCUGAUCGGCAUCAGCAUUGGAGGAGGGGCCCAGUACUGUCCCUGCCUCUAUAUUGUCCAGGUGUUCGACAACACCCCUGCAGCCUUGGACGGCACUGUGGCUGCUGGUGAUGAGAUCACCGGUGUCAAUGGCAAGUCAAUCAAAGGGAAGACUAAGGUGGAUGUGGCGAAGAUGAUUCAGGAGGUGAAGGGGGAGGUGACCAUCCACUACAACAAGCUUCAGGCGGACCCCAAGCAGGGCAUGUCCCUCGACAUUGUGUUAAAGAAGGUCAAGCACCGGCUGGUGGAGAACAUGAGCUCGGGGACGGCCGACGCCCUGGGCCUGAGCCGGGCCAUCCUGUGCAAUGAUGGGCUGGUGAAGAGGCUGGAGGAGCUGGAGCGGACAGCGGAGCUAUACAAAGGGAUGACAGAACACACCAAGAACCUCCUCCGGGCCUUUUAUGAGCUAUCACAGACCCACCGGGCCUUUGGGGACGUGUUCUCUGUGAUUGGGGUGCGGGAGCCCCAGCCAGCAGCAAGUGAGGCUUUUGUGAAGUUUGCUGACGCACAUCGAAGCAUUGAGAAGUUUGGCAUCCGGCUGCUGAAAACCAUCAAGCCGAUGCUGACAGACCUGAACACAUACCUCAACAAAGCCAUCCCCGACACGAGGCUCACCAUCAAGAAGUACCUGGAUGUGAAGUUCGAGUACCUGUCCUACUGCCUGAAGGUGAAGGAGAUGGACGAUGAGGAGUACAGCUGCAUUGCCCUGGGCGAGCCACUGUACCGCGUGAGCACCGGCAACUACGAAUACCGCCUGAUCCUGCGCUGCCGCCAGGAGGCGCGCGCGCGCUUCUCGCAGAUGCGCAAGGACGUGCUGGAGAAGGUGGAGCUGCUGGACCAGAAGCACGUCCAGGACAUAGUGUUCCAGCUGCAGCGCUUCGUGUCCACCAUGUCUAAGUACUACAACGACUGUUACGCAGUGCUGCGCAACGCCGAUGUCUUCCCUAUCGAGGUUGACCUGGCCCACACCACACUGGCCUACGGCCCCAGCCAAGGCGAGUUCACUGACGGGGAGGACGAGGAGGAGGAGGAGGAAGACGCAGCGGCCAAAGAGCCGCCCCGGGACACGCGCGGGGUCACCGGGCCCCUGGACAAGGGCGGAAGCUGGUGUGACUCCUGAGCGCCCCACCCCCGGGCCAGACCUGGGGAGUUGGGCUCAGAAGGGCCUGCUGGGCUCCUGCUGGACAGCACCACCCCUGGGAGAGCGUGGCCUCCGGACCUGCCCUAGGAGGAGAGGGCGGGAGGUGGCAGAAGUCCAGGGCCGGUCCUGUGGGCACCCCCGUGAGACCCUCGCCUGCCCCAGUGAAGCCCGGGUGGACGAGAGGCUGGGGCCUACGUCUCCCACCUUGCACAGCAGCCCCACCAAGGCCACAUGCACCUUGGGAGCCAUUAUUUAUUUUGUCCCCCCCAGCUCCACCACUUCUGAAGAAGGGCUGGGCUCGGGGCCUGUACUGAAUAAACAAACCCAGACAAGC